AUGUGCAAAGUUGGUAGAAAAGAAUCCCAACAGACUCAUGGCUGGAAUCAAAGCAAAAAGGAGUUUGACAAACUUCUGACAUGGGUGCAGAUAAAAUUCAGUACAUCAAGGCAAACAUUAACUUGGGUUCCAGAUUCAUUCUUUUCAAGCCUUCUGAGUGGCAGAAUCUCAUCCUUGAAAGAUGAAACAGGGGCUAUAUUCAUUGACAGAGAUCCCACUCUUUUUGCUCCCAUUUUGAAUUUCCUUCGAACCAAAGAGCUGCACCCUGGAUCUGUAAAUGUCCGACUUUUGAUGCAUGAGGCUGAAUUCUAUGGAAUAAUACCAUUAGUUCGCAAGCUUCAGCUGUGUGAUGAGUUGGAAAAGUCGUCAUGUGGGAAUGUGCUCUUCAAUGGCUACCUGCCUCCUCCAGGAUACCCAGCCAAGAGGAUAAAUCGACAUAGUGUGGCAGGUCCUCAGUAUGUUAAUGGACGCAACACCUUGGCAGAGAGAGUGCCAGUGCGUAGGAGUAACACUAUGCCUCCAAAUCUGGGAAAUACAGGUCUAUUAGGAAAGUUGCUGGAGGAGAGACCAAGUGGACAUGCAACUGACCCUGGCAUGGUUAGGAUAGUAUGUGGUCACCAUAACUGGAUUGCUGUGGUGUAUGCCCAGUUCGUCGUGUGCUACAGGAUGAAGGAAUCUUCAGGGUGGCAGCAGGUGUUCAUCAGCCCACGCCUUGACUGGGUUAUUGAAAGGGUAGCACUAAAUGCCAAAGUAAUGGGAGGUUCGCUGGGAGACAAUGACAAAAUGGUGGCUGUAGCUUCAUGUACAGAGAUCAUCCUGUGGUCUAUCCAGCCAGAUGGCAAUGGCAAUGAAAUUGGAGUCUUCAGUCUAAAUGUCCCCGUAGAAGCAUUGUUCUUUGUGGGAAAUCAGUUGAUUGCUACCAGCCAUAGUGGGAAAGUUGGAGUCUGGAAUGCUGUCACAAAACACUGGCAGAAUCAAGAAGUUGUUCCUAUAAAUAGCUAUGACACAGCGGGUUCAUUCCUCCUUCUUGGAUGUAACAACGGAUCAAUUUAUUACAUAGAUGUGCAGAAAUUUCCACUGAGGAUGAAAGACAAUGAUCUCUUAGUCACGGAACUUUACCGUGAUCCAUCAGAGGAUGCCAUCACUGCUCUUAGUGUCUACCUCACACCCAAGACAAGUGACAGUGGAAACUGGAUCGAGAUUGCUUAUGGUACAAGCUCAGGAAUGGUGAGAGUCAUAGUUCAGCAUCCAGAAACAGUGGGUUCAGGACCCCAGCUCUUCCAGACUUUUUCUGUACACCGCAGUCCUGUGACAAAAAUUAUGCUGUCUGAGAAGCACCUAAUCUCAGUGUGUGCAGACAAUAACCACGUACGCACCUGGACUGUGACACGUUUCAGGGGGAUGAUUUCCACACAGCCCGGCUCUACUCCAUUGACGUCAUUUAAAAUUCUCUCCCUGGAAGACACAGAUGGUCAUGCUGGGUGCAGUGCAGGCACAGACAUAGGCCCAUAUGGGGAGAGAGAUGACCAGCAAGUGUUCAUACAAAGAGUGGUCCCAGAUACUGACAGAGUAUUUGUACGCCUCUCUUCCAAUGGGAAACGAGUUUGUGAGGUGCGAUCUGUGGAUGGCACAGCAAUCACUGCCUUUGUGGUUCAUGAGUGCGAAGGGUCAAGUCGGAUUGGUUCUAGGCCACGGCGUUACCUCUUCACUGGGCAUGCUAAUGGCAGCAUCCAAAUGUGGGACCUGACCACUGCCAUGGAGCUAUGUAACAAAACAGACAUUCAAGUUCUUGGAGGACCAACAGAAGAGGAGGUGCUUAAGUUGCUUGACCAGUGUGACCUGACUGUGACACGAACACCCGACAUGAGUCCGGCUGUCUCCUUUGCUCACUCUGCUACUCCACGCUCCUCCACCUGCAGCCUCCAGUCCCAGUCCAGCGACUGCUCCAGAGACAGAAGUGCCCGAAACGGAAAUAACUUUCUGGCAAAUGCUCCACGAUCAACUCUGCCUCCACCGCUCAAUAAACAGCGGGAUUUAACGUUUAUGGCUACCAUUUCAACUGCUGCUUAUCACCCUCAGAGUGCCAGUAGCCAUAUGUCACUCAACAGUGGAAGCAGUCCACGAGCCCCAAGGUUUCCCUCCGAGUUUGGUAGCUCGGACAUGAAGUUAAGAGGGAGCGGAAAUGAGAGACGAGUGGAAGUAGAUGGUAAAGUACUUAGCAGUCAAGGUGUACGACGUGGGAGCUUUGUAGAGCGGUGCCAAGAGCUUGCCAAAUCCACAGAGUACAGCCACAUGGACCCCAGAAGAAGUAUAGCAGUGUCCAGCGAUCUGGAGAGCAGAUACGGAAUAAGGGAUCCAAGUAUUUCGACCACUCAAGGACGCAAAAAUCGGGCAUCCAGUCCAGCUCCGGAGUCCAAGACACAGCCGCCUGUGUCUCCACGCAAGCCGGCUACUGCAGCAGCAGCCGCCAGCGAAACCAGCGAAUCUCCUUCGAGUCCUACCAGCCGGCCGCCAUCAAGCUCAGGGUCUUCAACAGCAGCCAGCCCUAAGCCGAAAAUCAAUGAAACCUCCUUUUAAAACUGGUGGGGUACCAAAUCUACAUGUAGACUUUGCAUUUCUGCGGUGGGCUGGCGCCCUGCUCAUGGUUUGUUUCCUGCCUUGCGCCCUGUGUUGGCUGGGAUUGGCUCCA